CGCGACUUCACACAAAGGUAGUGACGAAGCGGCCGCGCAGCUGUCAACUCUGACAUCAAUUGACGAUACUUGGACCCAUCUUUCGCUUUAGUUGCCGAGGAGCCCCCUUCCUCCAACCACAAGCCUUAGCCCGGCCAGCCCUCCGCAGCUCCGACCCCAGCUGUACCCACAUAAUUACUUCAUUUACAGCUCCCGCUGCUGCUUCGUGAAACCCAGCCCUUUACUACUUGAACAGCUCUCAUCGCGCUCAGCACCAGCACAUUCUUGUUUCCCUCCCACCACUCGAUACCCUACGAUACCCAUACAUCUCUAAUCCAUUCCCAAAACCAUGGCUACCACUAGCGGCAACGCUGGCCCUGUUGGCCAGGAGAAGAUCAACACCGACAUCGUCACCCUUACCCGCUUCCUUACUGAAGAGCAAGCUAAGGUCAAGGAGGCCACUGGAGAUUUCACUUUGCUGUGCCACGCCCUCCAGUUCGCCUUCAAGAACAUUGCCUACUACAUCCGUCGCGCAAGCCUUAUCAACCUCGGUGGUUUGGCUGGCUCAGCAAACUCCACCGGUGACGACCAGAAGAAGCUUGACGUCAUCGGAAAUGACAUCUUUAUUUCCGCCAUGAGGGGAAGCGGAAAGGUCAGGAUACUGGUGUCUGAGGAGGAGGAGGAGGCUAUUGCCUUUGACGAGCACCCGGAGGCGAGGUACGCAGUCGCUUGCGACCCAAUCGAUGGUUCCUCCAACCUUGACGCUGGUGUCUCGGUUGGAACGAUCUUCGGUGUCUUUAGGUUGGCGGAUGAUGCGAAGGGUGUGAAGGAGGACAUGCUGCUUCCUGGAACGGAGCUCGUUGCCAGCGGCUUCACGAUGUACGGUGCCUCCUCCCAGCUGGUAUUCACCAUGAAGGGCGCCGGUGUCCACGGAUUCACCCUGGACGGCAACCUGGGCGAGUUUAUCCUCACGCACCCUGACAUGCAGUUGCCGAAGAAGCACCCCAUCUACUCGGUCAACGAAGGCAACAGCAUGUACUGGGAGGAGCCUGUCAAAGAGUACAUCAACACUCUCAAGUACCCGGAAGAUGGUGGCAAGCCGUAUGCUGCUAGGUACAUCGGCUCCAUGGUGGCGGAUGCCUACCGGACGCUGCUGUACGGAGGUAUCUUCGCGUACCCUGCCGAUAAGAAGACGGUCAAGGGCAAGCUGCGGAUAUUGUACGAGUGCGGCCCGAUGGCCAUGGUGUUUGAGAAUGCCGGUGGUCAAGCCGUGAACAGCAAGAUGAGCCGCAUGCUGGAGGUGAGGCCCGAGUCGAUCCACGACCGGUCCGGUAUCUUCAUGGGGAGCUAUGAUGAGGUGCAGAAGGUUAUUGAUAUCCACAAGAAGCACGGUUACUAGAUUAUGGGGUCAGUCUUCUGUUGCAUGUAAUUUUUAGUCGAUGAGUAGCAUGGCGUCUGGAUGAGCUGGGAUCAGCCCCAAGUCGGCAGUUGAAUGGAUACCAUCACACGAACCCUGC